GCUCACAAAUAAGAUUUCAGAAAUGUGGCAGAGGAAAAGAUUACCUACAUUUCAGUCUGCUCUUCACACAAUCAUUUAUUAUGACAUCAAAGGAUUUAUAAUGGUGGUUUCCCACUGUCCAAACUGAAAACAACUUGCACUGACAUAUCUUAAAAUACAUCAGUGCCAUUUGUUUUGCCUCAAAAUGCACACAAGUAAUGAUUUCAGUAAGGAAUGUGUGUUGAAACUAGUUUAUUUCUUAUUAAAACUAAGGCCUAGUCCUGGUUUAAAAGUAAUACUGUAAUAACCAACCCUUAGAGCAGAAGUCACAUGGACUACAUUUAUGAUGCGUUCGUUAAUUUUAUAUCUUUUAGGAAAUGUGUAAAAAAUAUUUUCCCUUGUUGUGUUUGACUGAAAUAACAACAGUGUAUGGAUUUACGUUGAGAUGAGUAAUGUAAUUGACUAAAAAUAAGAGGAUCUUUACAGUAUUUGUGUGUGAACUUUAAAGGGGACAUUUCACAGGACAUUUUUAAGAUGUAUAAUAAAUCUUUGGCGUCCCCAGAGUACAUAUUUGAAGUUUUAGCUCAAAAUACCAUAUUAAUAAUUUAUUAUAUCAUGUUAAAAUUGAUUCUUUAUAGGUGUAAGCAAAAAUAUGCCUCUUUUUUGGUGUGUCUUUUAAAAUGCAAAUGAGCUGAUGAAAUGCAAACACUGAUCGCCAUAAUGGUGGUUUGUUGAAAUUGAACCUCAAUUGUGCUGUCAAUUAAUUUCUCUUUUUCUCUCUGCACUAAAUGGCAGUGCCGUGGUUGGAUAGUGCAGAUUAAUUGACCAUCACUAUUAUUAUAAUAAGAUCCCCUUGUGACAUCACAAAGGGUGCCAAAUUUCAAUAACCUAUUUGUUCACAUGCUUGCAGAGAAUGGUUUACCAAAACAAGGUUACUGGGUUGAUCUUUUUCACAUUUUCUAGGUUGAUAGAAGCACUGGGGACCCAAUUACUUAAACAUGGAAAACGUCAAAUUUUCAUGAUAUUUCCCCUUUGAAGCUUAGAGUUUACAUAUUGAUAUUCAAACGCUGUUGUCACGUCCCAUCACUUCAGUCUGGACAGCAAUCCGUCUACACAUGACAGUCAGGAGCCGGUUAGAGCAGUACUUCAGAGUCAUUGACCUUGUGGAAGUAUGGUGUGAAUAACCUUACCAAAUGAAUACAGACAAAGCACAAGUCAGCCUCAAAACCUACAUCCUCACAUUCUGAAUGAUCUGGUAAAGAAUAACUACAACUGAGUGAGUGGAUCAUUUGUGUUAUGUCAAACUUUCUGAACCUAUGAUAUUCCUGUAAAGUACUUCUAUAAAUACAUACCAGGCUUACCAAAUAUGUCUGUGCUUGAAGCAUUUCAAUUAGAAAAGGAAAAAAAAUGAAGAAAACCAUACAUUACAUAACUAGUAGCAGCAUUUUUCAAGUCAUUUCCAUAUCUAUUGUGAUGAAUUGUGUUUGUGUAGCAUUCAUGUAGCUGGCAUGUAAAAGGUCGUUUUGGAUAAAAGCAACUGUUAUGUAAAUGUAUGAAGUCAGUGGAAAAUGCAUAGAAAUCAUCCAAUAAAUCAAGUGUUCAUUAUUUCCAAAGUUUCCCUACUCAAAUAACCACCCAACAGAGAACACUAAAGCUCUAAUGUGCUGCUCCACUGAUGCUGCUUCUCUCCAGUACCGCAGUACACUGAGCUCCCCAUAAAUCACCUUCUAUUUAUCACAGCGCUCCAGCUGUUCCCGCCCACUCCGCGCACACGAUUGGCCAAGUCUCUUUCGUGGCGCCCCGCCUCCUCCAUGGACCGCCCGUGAUUGGUGGAGGGGCUUUCUCCUUGAGCUGUCAAUCAUAGGUUUCUUUCGUGCCCCGCUCUCAAACGCCUUUAACGAUGCACAGUGAUGCUGAAGCCCUGAGCAGUCUCACAGUACAAACGGCUUUCCAAAAAUCCUCUGCGUUAUAUUCACUCUCAUCAUUUUCCGUGGAUUCUCCUGACCCGAAUCUCACACUCUGAGUGGGCAUUUAUUCUUUUUUGGCACAGGGAUUUAUUUUCGCGUCUUUCGGCACUUCAGGCACCAGCAGAUUGUGUUGGUCUCCUUGCGCAGGGUCACUUGGGAGAAGCGACCCGUCUUUACGCACUGGGAAGAUCUGUGGACUGCGGACGCAUCAACGAGGAACGCUUGCGUUUUAUGCGUUUUCCCAACAUUCAAACGGACUGUUGCUGCAAGAACGGCCACGUAACGGUGACAAACAGUCGGCGAAACUCACAACAUGAGCUGCGCAAUGGUGCGACGCGCGCUCGCCGCUGCGCUCCUGGCAUUGCUGUGGGAAGGGCCCACCAGCGCUCAUGCAGCCGAGUUCGGCCACGUGCCCGACAAUAUCACAGUGCUGGAAGGAGAAAGCGUCGUUUUGAGAUGCAAGAUUGAUGAAGAGGUCACUCACAAAGCGUGGUUGAACCGCUCCAACAUCCUCUUUACGGGCACAGAUAAGUGGUCCCUGGACACCCGCGUCUCCCUGGUCAACAAUAACAACAGUGAAUUCUCCAUUAAGAUCGAAAGAGUGAUGGUGUCAGACGAGGGACCCUACACUUGCAGUUUCCAGGCCAGAAACCAGCCUCGCACAGCUCACGUCUACCUCAUCGUUCAGGUGCCAGCCAAGAUAGUGAACAUCUCAGAAGAUAAAUCUGUCAACGAAGGCGACGACGUGAACCUCUUUUGUCUGGCAGUGGGUAGACCGGAGCCUACGGUCACCUGGAAGGACUUCAAAUACGGUCUCAUGAGCGAGGGGGAAUUUCUGGAAAUCACUGAGAUCAAACGCCACCAAGCAGAAGAAUUCGAAUGCAUCACCAACAAUGGCGUCUCUCCUCCAGACACCCGGCGUGUCAAGGUCACCGUCAACUACCCACCAGUAAUUACAGAUGUGAAGAACAUGCCUGCCCAACUGGGAAAAACUGCCAUUUUACGUUGUGAAGCCAUGGCUGUGCCCACAGCUUCAUUUGAAUGGUACAGAGAUGACAGAAGGCCGGUAGAGAGCGAUAACUCGCUGAAGAUAAAGAACGAGAAAACACGUUCCCUGCUGCUUUUCACCAACGUCACAGAAAAACACUUCGGCAACUACACCUGCUUCGCCUCCAACCGGCUCGGCGCUUCCAACGCCAGCAUGUUACUCUUCAUGCCUGGGGCAGUGUACGGCGGAGCGUCAUCUCUUAACACCCGUUUAUCAGGAGCCGGCCUUUGGUUCUGCCUAUCCAUUUCUGUUCUGAUGAAGGUCUAAAACUGUCCUGCCUUUGGAAGGAGUCUUUAAAAACGAACCCAUCACUGUGAACAAAAAGAAAUUAUGCAUUGAUCCAGGAGCCAUCGCUACAGUACAUCUCUCCCGUCAUUCCUUCCUCUUUCCACCCCGCCGCAUAUCACCGCUUCAUUCCCGUUUCCGGCGACGGUCACCUUUUAAUGUCCAAACCCGAUAUGUGAUGCAAGUUAUGAAAAGUUCAACGGUUCGGUGUCUCUUGACGUGCGUGCUGGACAUGCUGUUUGUACUCCGUGGGUUGUGAAUCUGUGAAGGUAACGGUGCUGACAAUAAUAUGGUUACGUUGCUAAAGAUCAGGUGACCCACUAGAAGUGUUUGUGGUGGAUCACCAGCGACCGGUGACUCUCAGAUCCGAGCGCAGAGGUCUGAGCCGAUUGGCGGGGCGUUCUUACACGCGUAGCUACUAUGAAUGAUGUCAAAGCCCAUCUUUUCUUUCUAGCGAGGUGCGUACGUUUCAUCUCGAGCCCUUUAGAGGUCUCGACCCAAGGCGAACAUCAGCACCUUCACUUCAGUUUAUCCGAGAGUCCAUCGAACGGUCCGUCACCCUCGGUGUAAAUAUAUAUGCAGUAGAUGCACCCCAUUUCCCAUCGGGCUCUCUGUUUCAGCAUUUAAGCUUGGAGGAUAUCGCUGCCUUCAAGUCACGUUGGAACGAUCAUAUUUAUGACACACACCUCAAUGUCGUUGGCUGAUCGUAACAAGUUGUGAAUGUUGACUGUACAGUAUGUUUUCUCGCAAUUCAUGUACUGUUGAUGAUGAUGAUCAGGCUUGCCGGAAAUACUAAACAUUUUGUCGAUUUAAGAGGCGACCAAUCUACGUAUGUGGCUGCUCAUCCGUUUUCUCUAUAAACGCUUCCGGUGACCGUCAUAAUUUUGAUUUCGGACCUCAUGAGUGUGAUCUUCCCAUAAAGACUUGAAGGCAGCUGAAGUUUCUGGCGUCUCUUAAGCAGUUCAUCGACUUCCUUGUUGCUUGUGGAUAGCAUGUACCGGUUAGAAAUGUCCCUCUUGUGACCUCACUUCCUGCACCGACCCCCGUUUUAACCCCUGCACUGUGUACAUUUUAAUCUGCAAGGUUAACUGCUAUUACUUUUCGGUGUUAAUAAUGAUGACAAUAAUGAUGAUGAUGAUGAUGUUAAUAAGUAUUUGAAUAAAUAUGAUAGUAAUUCCAUGUGAGAAAAAAAAAUGACAGAGCUGAUCGCAAGCCAUGUGUGUGAAAAUAUUUUGUACUAAAAAUCCCAUUCACUGAACGGCCAAAAAAAAAAUCGUUUUGUGCUCUGUUUUAACAUGAUAAACCUUUUUGAAAUGGAAAUAAUUUGACAACGUCCAUAAAGAAAGCAAUCACGGAAAUGUAAGGGCACUUACACGCUAGAGAAAGACGGACACGUUUGAUGGAUAGGAAUCCAGAAGAUUUUUUGAGGUCAUCCAACAGAAAUUGAUCUCAAGUUCAUCGUAAUAUUCACAAAUGCUGCGUUUAUCCUCUGGAUUCGUCCACAUUAGGGGUGGGCCAUAAAUCGUUAGCUAUGAUAACCAGUAGAAAUUUGUCACCCUGUAGCGAUUUCGAGGUUACGCACCCACAUCAUGUUACUAGGCGCAUGGUCACGAAAACGUACAGUUUGUAGACGGAUUUAAGCACCAGAGUUGUAAGAUAACUGAUGUUAAGCCAUUGAAACACAAACAACAGAGCUAAAUGCGCGCACUGUUUUUGUGUGAGAGGAGCGCGCAAGCUGUGCAUCUGUUGCUCAUUAACUCUUUCCCCACCAUUGACGAGUUAACUCAUCAAUUCCCUGCCAAUGACUAGUAUUUCCAGCUUUCCACAAUACCGCUAUUAUCCACCAGAUGACCUCUUUUACAACUUAUACAACACAGAAGUAUCGCCCUAGGGCAAACAGCUGUAUGUCCGUGUAAGUUUUGAGGAUCAUUCUGCAUCUGAUCUCUAUCAAAAGUCCUUCACAAAAAAUUAAAUGAAACUUUUGUGAAAAUCAUGAAAAAUGGUGGCACUGGCUGGUAACAAAAAAAAAAAAACUGGCAGGAAAAGAGUAAAGCUUGUGAGCAUUUUUGCUGCUUGUUUGGCCUUACAUAAACAUAUGCGUCAAAAUUCCCAUCUUUGCAAGUAUCCUGAUAAACACGACAAUAUACUGUAGGUCUUAAGAAAACGUAAAAAGCUG